CAACUUUGACUUUCAAGGCUGCUGCCGGGCAGACAUUAAUAAAGUGGGAAAUGGUUGCUGUGCUUGUUCAACUCCUCCGCCCAGUGUCAUUUUGAGCUUCAACAUGGACAGGUUGGUGAUAAUUUGGGCUGUCCUAAUUUUGAUGGCCGUCGACGUCUCCGUCGGUCAGAUCGUUUUCCCAGGUGACACGACCUUCUUGAUCAGCCGGCCAGUUGCGCAGAAACAGAACGAAGGAGCGACCUGCACCAAUCACAUGAAUCAGAAAGGACGUUGCAAGCGAUUGUUUGAAUGUUUCUUCAUGUACACACAACUGGCAGAUUUAAUUAAACAAACGCCCUGUCGGUUGGCCAAUCAGCCGUCCGUUUUCGGCGUCUGUUGUCCAAAUUCGGAAAGCGACAACCAGAAAACGAGCGGCGUCUCCACGGCCGGAACGCUCUUCUUCCGCCCGCCAGAUGUGCCCAUUCCCGACUUGAAACCCCAAGACAUUCAAAAUGCCGUCCAGGCCGCUUUGGUUGUCGUCGAUCAGCGAGUGGAACUCGAGAAAAAUCUCUUCGACAACCGAAUCGUCGUCCAGCCCGACACUCCCGUCAAUUUCCAUUUGAAUUUAUUCCCGACCAGUCAGCAGACGUUGCAAGUCGGCAGCAACGCCAUCAAAGGCCUCGAAUCCUCCAUUCAGCUAGUCAAUCAAAACAUGUUGACGGUGGAUCAGGGCCGUUUCGCCCUGCCAUUCUUCCAAUUAACCAGUUCGUCGACUGAUUUAGCAGACACUUGCCGGCCAAAAGUCCAAUGUCCGUCUCAGCUGUCACAUUUCCGCACGAUAGACGGCUCUUGCAAUAACGAGCAGCGGCCUGAAUGGGGCCAAAUUAACGUCGCUCUUCAGCGCAUUAUCCCGCCCAAAUACGGAGACGGUGUUAACACUCCGAGAUUGGCCGAGGGAGACGUCGAAUUGCCCAGCGCUAGAUUAGUGUCACAGUCUCUCACAGAGUCCAGCCAUCGCUCCAGUCAAAGUGAAAUAUGGACACUGAUGCUCAUGCAAUGGGGACAGUUCCUCGAUCACGACAUCACUCACAGUCCCAUCGUUCGCGGGCAAAAUUCAUCGGGUGUCACCUGCUGUCGAAGUGGCCAGUUUCUCGAUGUUUCCGAACGCCACCCCGAUUGCUUUCCCAUCGCCAUCCCGCCCAACGACCCGUUUUAUGCCCAGUUUAAUCAACGAUGCAUGGAGUUUGUUCGCUCCUUGCCAGCCCCACGGCCGGGAUGCACUUUCGGGCCUAGGGAACAGUUGAAUCAAGUCACGGCAUUUAUCGACGGGUCAACCGUCUACGGCUCGAGUCAAGAUCUUUCCAACCAGUUAAGGGAAUUUAACGGCGGCCGUCUGACUGUCCAGCGCUCCAUACAGGGUCACACGCUUCUCCCCGUCAAGGCUGAAGAGUGUUCAGACUUUCUUCGCCAGCGCUUCUGCUUCAGAGCAGGUGACGGCCGCGUCAACGAACAACCCCAACUGGCCGUCAUUCACACAGUGUGGGUUCGUGAACACAACAGAAUCACCGACGCAUUGCAGCAACUCAAUCCGUUCUGGAACGACGAGCGCGUCUUUCAAGAAAGCCGAAGGAUCGUCGGCGCUGAAAUCCAGCAGAUCACUUACAACGAAUUCCUUCCCAUUUUCCUCGGGGACGCGUACAUGUCCAGAUUCCAAUUGAAGCCUCUGCCGCCCGGCAGUGGCAUGGCCACUAACCUUUACGAUCAAAACAUCAACCCGACUGUGACAAACGAAUUCGCAACUGCAGCCUUCCGUGUCGGGCACAGUCUGGUGCAGGGGAUUAUUGAGGGAUUCACGGCAUUUGGUAGUCAAACACAAAGCCUUUUGCUUCACCAGCAUCAAUCGAAACCGUUUGAGCUGUACGAAGACACCGGCGUGGACACCCUUGUGCGCGGAUUACUAAUGCAACCGGCUCAAAAGAUGGACAGAGCCUUCACUGACGAGCUCAAAAAUCGACUCUUCCAAGGCAAGCAGAGUUUCGGCAUGGAUUUGAUUGCCUUGAAUCUCCAACGCGGCAGAGACCACGGUCUACCACCCUAUAACGAUUAUCGGGAACUUUGCGGUCGUCCGCGGGCUAAUCAAUGGCAGGACCUUUUGGACGUUAUCGACCAACGGGUGGUGCAAGAAAUCAGUCGGAUCUACAACAGCAUCGAUGACGUCGAUCUGUUCAUCGGAGGCGUGUCUGAACGCAUCGUCGACGGGGCCUUGUUGGGUCCGACUUUCCUCUGUUUGAUUGGCGACCAGUUUGCGCGAUUACGACGCGGUGACCGGCUCUUUUACGAGGAAGCCACGGCUAAAUUCACUCAGCAGCAACUGGCCAGUUUACGCUCAGUCACACUGGCUCGGAUCCUCUGCGAUAACGGCGACGACAUAAAAGGCAUCCAAUCAAGCGCCUUCUUGCGCUCUGAUGUCCAGAACAGACGACGGCCGUGCCAAGGAUCUACGGAUAUUGCGCAAUUGGAUUUGAGCCUCUGGCGUGAAUGAAAAACCGCCUCAUUAUUUACAGAUUCUUUGGUGCCUCAAAUCAAAAUGUUUUACUUUUUGAUUAUCCCCCCGCAAUAUACACACACACACAC